AUGUAUGCGACAGUUAACAAAGGCCACUUUAAAUUAAUUGACACAGCCAAGGUGAAUAGAGUUGGUGUAUCCCGUCCUGCUUCACCACAUUUCCAGUAUGGAGAGCAGGGAAAUCUAUCAAAGUUCCAGACGGAGACAGCGCUGUCCUUCCCUUCCCAUCCACCUGUACCUCCUAUUGAGCCAAAGUUAACCCACCUGACGAUGCAGAGCAGCAACUUUAAAAUGCCUUAUGGAGAUGUGUGUGGAAACUUCGAGACCAGUCACGCCGAUUUCAAGCCCAUGCCCAUGUCCGCAGCCCAACUACUUCGACCCACCACAGCAGUCUGGACAAAUGUGCUGGAAAUUAAAUGUCCAGAGACGAUGUACAGUUCCUACUACACUAAACAUGACGUGUCACCAAUCCUCAAAGCGAAGGAAACGACGAAGACGGGUGUCAGCUUGAAUUUGAGACAGGACAAAAAGGACAAGAUUUGCAGCUCCAGUUAUCAAGAGCAGUUCCAGUACAGACAGUGUCCUUCAAAUCCUCCUCUUCAAUCCAUAGAGAAGCAACGAGUUCAGUAUUCAUCUGUUGCAAUGGGAGACCGAGACAAGAUACUGAACAAUCAAACAACAUAUUCCACCUAUUUUAGACCAUCCGUCGACAACAGCUCUCCUAAAUUCAGGAACAACACCAAAUCUCUGCACAUCAAUCUUCGGGAACUUCCUGAUGAUAAAUGGACAACAACAUCAUCUGACCAAUUCUGUGCACAUACAUUUGGCCCUAUUCACCUAGAGCACAGAAGCCCAACUCUCAGCUCUGUGUUCAAGGGAGAGCUGCUUAACGCUAACCAAGAGAGACUGUCGACAACAAACCAGCAGUUCUUUCCAAAGAUGAAAAGCGCGAAGUUCCCAGUGCAUGUGGAUGGAUCCAGUAUCAGGACUCUGAGCAACGUAGAAUUCGGGAAGCCUAAUAUGGCUGGGUGUUUCUACAUCACAACAACACAGGAGCAGUUUCCACAUAAAGAAGUGGUCCAUCCCAAAACACCAGUAUAUCCACCUAGUCAUGUGCUUUUUGAGCAAGAGCCAGAUCAGCUGCUUACAACCAUGCAAAAUGAUUUUAUCCCUCUAAACUCUAGAAGACAGGAGCUGAGCCCUGGCCAGCUUCAGCAGGUUAAAGAAACCCAUAUCAGGCCCAGGAACAGCGAUCAUGACUUCAGGACAACCCACAAUGAAACUUUUGUGCCCAAGCCUUACUGCAAGGAAUUUCUGGAGAAUCCACCCCUACAACACAUCAGCCAUAUGCCAUUUUGA